AGAACUCAUUGAUAAUUUAGUGUCAAAUAUGAUUUAGUGAAUUUAAUCCGUGUUGUUUAAGGUCGGAUGUCAAGUAUAAUCAACUAUAAAGUUCAUAAUAAUAUUUGUAAUUACACGUAGGAAUAUUUAAUAAUGUUUUCCAGCGAGAACGAUGACGAUGUAGUGGUGUGCCCCUAUAAUAAAGCGCAUCACAUGUUGCGCAAACGCUUGCAACCUCAUCUUAUCAAGUGUCGUCAAAAUUAUCCACAACUUGAGCUUCAAAAAUGUCCAUUUAAUAGUACUCACCACAUACCGGAACCAGAAUUUACUCUACAUGUUACAAAUUGUCCGGAUCGUAAACUGAUAACGCAAUAUAAAUAUGACACAGUGGCACCAAAAGAAGAAGAACCAAUUCGGCAAAUACCAAUAGAAUGCGAAGAAAAUUGGGAUGAUACCGAAGUUGAUGAUUAUGAUCCACAGAAAUUCAUAGCUGAGAAAAAUGUUCUACGCAAACCCAUGGGCAUUCCUCCAGCUGAACGAAAAGAGUUUAUUAAACAAGAACGUAAACGAUUGGGCGAUGAAGAGAGUUACAGUGAGAGUGACGAUGAUUACGAAGAAAAGGGGCGAACAGAAACCACAAUAACAGACGUUAAUAAAAAAGAUGAGGACGAAGAAUCCGUCUCAGUUAAACGCAUACGUUCGAUCUCGCCAUCACCACCUCGCCAGGCAGCACGAUCACGAAGUCGAUCACCAAUAUCUGCGCCCUACGCACACUUUAGACAUAUUGACGAACGCAAUUCUUAUUUGCCAACUCCCCUACCACCACCUCGGAUUUCAGGUGGAUCUGGGGACAACCGAUAUUCAAGCUACCAUAAAAGAGAAAGAUCGUCUUUGCCAGCAACAUAUGACAUUGAUGACGAUCCUUAUUAUAAUAGCGGUACUGGCUCCUCUGAUCGAUAUGACAAUUACAACAGCAGUAACAACAGUCACUAUCCUCGUCUGGUUGCAUAUCCUACUCGUAUGCCAUCUUAUGGACGUGGUGCUUACCGUGGGUACAAUUAUGAUCGCAGGAAUUCAUCCCGUAAUGGUGACUUUCGUUAAUAAAUGUUUAUUAUUCGUAUAGUUUGUGUUAACUACAUGGGCGGGUAUUUUUAUAAUUUAAAAACAAAUAUUUGUGCAUUGAAAACAAUACAAAUAUUUAUCCCUGAUUAGUCUUUCAUAUGUCAUUUUGCGCUUUUUUGUUACAAAAGAUUCCAAUUAUAUUUUGACUUAUAUUUUAUUGUAGUAAUAUUAAUUUUUAUUUACAUAUUAACUGUUUGACAAAUUUGUAGUGUAUGUAGAUUUAUUAAGUUCAAACUAAAAAAUUCAAAUAAAAAUAUAAUUCAAAUUGAAGUGAAAUCUUUAUUGAACACAAUAUAGAAAACAUUUCAAUGGGAAAAAAGAAAAUACUAAACGUAGUCAGUACGUUGAAAAAUGUUGUGGAGCUUUAUAAGUUUUGCAGUCGUUUACGCUCAGCAUUACGAAAUGCAACUCUUUCUGAUGGUUUCAUUCCAACAGGUUGUCGCAACACAUUUGCCUUUUCAGUGUAUGUUUUAGGAUCAUAUGAUGGUACACUGGGCAGAUCGUCCCAAUUUUGAGAUGUUUCCAAUUCAAAAGAAGUGUUUGCAGUUUGCCAAGUAGAAUUAGUUUGAUUUUCAUCGUCAUUAAAUGAGUUGGACAGUGUAGAAGUUGACAAGGAUGCAUGUGUGUCGUUGCUUUUGAAAACUUCAAACGAGUGACGAUUUGGACAGGUGCUCACGUGCCACUGCAAGAGAAAUACAGAUUUGAUCUAUAUGAAACACAUGAAUAACUAU